GUUUCCCUUGCAGGGCUCUUCCUGAGGCACCAUGCCUUGCCUCCUAUCAAAUCCUACUACUACGUGGACCAGAAGCUGAGCUGGACCGAUGCUCAGCAACACUGCAGGGAGCAGAAUGGGGACCUGGCCACCGUAGACAACGUAGCGGACCUCCAGCACCUGCAAGAGUCCAGAACGGGCUUUAAUUACGACGACGACUUCAUGUGGAUCGGACUUUAUGAUGACCGCACCCGUUGGAAGUGGUCCCUCGGAGACCAGGACUACAAAGUUGGCCAAAACUAUGGAACGUGGCUCGGAAAUAACCCAGACUUCAGUGGAAACGAAGAGAAUUGUACAACUAUGUACUAUAAUGGUAGCUGGAUGGAUAAGUCGUGCGACGCGCGAUUUAGUGCAACUUGCUUUGAUGGUGAGGUGCUUUCUUAUUAUGAAGUUUUCUUUUUUAUCUAUGAUUUAGCUUUUUUUCCACCUCAUUAUGUUUUAGAUAAAGAGCCCCACUACAUCUUGGUCCCAAACCCAAUGACUUGGUACGAGGCGUUGCAAUACUGCCGGUCUCACUACACUGACCUGGCCAGUGUGCGCAACGCGGCUGAGAACGAGAAAGUAUUAGCACCUCAGCCAUUUGAAACAUGGAUUGGUCUCCACAGAUAUCCGUGGUCCCACUGGUCUGAUGGAAGUGGUGCCACUUUCUUGAAUUGGGGACCCGGUGAACCAAACAGCUCUCGAGGCCCCAUUGCUCCACGUUGUGUAAAAAUGUCCGUCAACUCAGGGCACUUUUUUGAUGAGGAAUGUGGCCUUUUGUAUAACUUUGCCUGCCAGGGAAAUCUGAAGCAACGCUCAACCUUCAAGUUGAAGAUCAGCUCUGAAGCCGACAUGACGGAUCCUGAGGUGGAACAACAGAUUUUGGAACAGCUCCAUGCCAAACUGGCCGAGUUGGGUGUGACUGGGUCCAAUAUCAGCUGGGUUCUCAAAGACGGACAGGUGUUUCACAAGGACCAGCCCAGCAAGACAUGA